ACAAUCCGUGGCUUUUAUUGCUCUUGCGUCCAAGCGAUGCAGACUCUCUCCAUGCCGUCCGUGGGUCCCCUUAUUCAUCUUCACAGCAAGCCUACAAGUUAGGCACUGUUACUGGCCCCAUUAUACAGAUGAGAAAAUCGAGUCAGUGAGUGGGUAAAUGAUUUUUCUAAGGUCUCUGGUGGUGGAGUGGGGGAGCCGGCGUCCUUUCCAGGCUGGUGCCUGUGGGAUUUUGCAAGAACUGGAAUCAUAACCAAGGGCUCAGGGCUCCGCCUCUCGGGCCAGUUUAGCACAACUCUUCUCAAGGGCAUCCUUCUGCCCUUAGCGAUGAGGAAGUUCCCUUGCUCUUUUCCUGCCUGUCCAGGGCCUUGGGAGACACCCUGCCGUCAUGCAUAUGGACCUCUCUGUGUAUCUCAUUCCAUCCCCACCAUCAUCAUGCCCAUCCUUGCUUUACAGAGGGGAGAGGUCCUUUCGCCCCUGAGCAGCAAGUGCAGGAUAGAAUCCAGGCUCUCAGCAACUCCGGCCGGGGCUCUCUCCGCCAUCUGAACUGUCCCCCCUUCCCCUCGGGGACAGCUCUCUGUUACAGCAGGAGGCAAACACAUGUGGAGGGAAUGAUGGAGCAGGGAAACCACCACCCCUGGGUGAAGGUUUGCUGAGGGGGAGCAGGACAGUCGCGUACAGGAGUCUCCAAGGGUCUCCCCAUCAAGGACUUCCCGUGUCCAAAGAGAAAGAGUAACUUAGCAGCAGACUGGGCUCUUCCUGCCUGGGAUGGGCUGAAUGGUGCCCCCCAUUCGUAUGCCGGAGCCCGAACCCCCAGCACCACCAAAUGCGGCUGUAUCUGUAGGCAGGGCCUUUAAGGGGUGAUUACGUUACAGUGAGCCUGUAAGGAUGGGCUCUAAUCCAAGCUGACCGGGGUCCUUACAAGAAGAGAAAACAUGGACCCACAGAGCCAGGGGAGAUGUGCACAAAGAGGAAAGACCACGUGAGGACACAGGGAGAAGGUGGCCAUCUCAAGCCAAGGAGAGCAGCUGCAGAAGAAACCAAACCUGCUCACACCUUGACCUUGGACUUCCAGCCUCCAGAGCUGUGAGAAAACAAAUGUCUAUGGUUGAAGUCAUCUGUGUGGCUAUGCUGUUUUUCUCACAGCAGCCCCAGCAAAUUAAUGCACCUGCCAAAAGGGCAUCACCUGAAUCGAAUCAAGAAGAAACACCAGGUCGGGCGCCUGGGUGGCUCAGUUGGUUAAGCGACUGCCUUCGGCUCAGGUCAUGAUCCUGGAGUCCCGGGAUCAAGUCCUGCAUCGGGCUCUCUGCUCGGCGGGGAGUCUGCUUCUCCCUCUCCCACUCCCCGUUUGUGUUCCCUCUCUCGCUGUGUCUUUCUCUGUCAAAUAAAUAAAUAAAAUCUUUAAAAAAAAAAAAAAAAAAGAAGAAGAAGAAACACCAGGUCAACCCGCGUGAGGACCAUUCUGUCAAGGUACCGGCCUCUGCUCCUCAAAACAUCAAGGGUACGAGGAACAAAGACCAAUAGAGGGACGGUCCCAGGCUGGAGGAGCUCAGGAAGCCUGCUCUUGGUCUCACACUGGAUCCUGGUCUAGGAAAAAAACACUUUUCUCCCUUGCUGUAAAAGUCAUGAUUAGGACCGUUGGUAAAUUGAGUAAGGUUUGUAAAUUGGGCAUUUGUGUUAUACCAGUGUUGAUUUCCUGGUUUUGAUCAUUUUACUUGUAUUUUAGGAAGUACACACUGCAGUAUUCGGGGGUAAAAGGAGAACCAUCUGCAUGCGGCUCUUAAAUGUUAUGGAAGAGAGUGUGGAUGUGGGCGUCUGUGGACAUAGGGAGAGUGAAAGAGCAAAAACAAAUGUAAUUGAACAAAAUUCAAUCGAGUACAUUUUAAACAUCCUACUGGCUUUAUGAAUCAGGCAGCGUCCCUGCAGAUAGGAAGGCACUCAGAGGAGCUACCCAGAAAGACUUAAUAGGCAGAAGGGAGCGAGAACAAGGAACUUAUACAAGUAAAAAUGGGGAUUGGCUCAUUGCAAGGUCACUUUCCUUUAGAGGAUGGAAAGGGUCUGUUGGUCAGAUUAUUGGCUAAGGCUAAUCAGGCCAUUCCUUUUUUUUUUGGCUGGUUCAAGAUUCCAUUUCUGGAAGAGCCAAAACUGCAAUUAAGUCUUGGUUUGAUGACAUGGGGCUUAGCAUAAAUGAUGCUAUUUUGGGGCCUGUUGCCUUGUUUUUAAUGACAGUUAAUACUGUCGUUAAAACCCAAAUACAGAGAUCUGGGUGAAGGGUGUAGGGAAGUUCUUUUCGGUAAGUCUAAAAUUAUUUCAAAAGAAAAAGUUUAAAGCCUUCCAUCGUCCUUUAGGAAAAACCCACCUCACCAGCCCUUCCCCCUCCAGGGACCCCAGUCGCCUGAAAUCCACUGUUAGCAGCCCUAUGCCUUUAUCGCCCCAAAUUCCCUCUGCCUCAACAUGAUACCCCCACCCCUACCCUCUGUGCCCCCCAUGCUUCCGCCACCCCCACCCUGGCCCCGUGCCUCAACUUGCCCUGCCCCCAGGGAGACCCUCCAAGCUCCCCCCACCUACGCUCUAGUCAUGGUGAAGUUCAAGCGCUAAAUCAUUACCACGUGGGACUUGUCACACCCAUUCUUUGUCACGUGCGUCUUUCUGUCCACCCUGCGAGCAUUCUCCCCAGUUCACUAGCAGGGAAAUGAAUCCCAGAAAGCGAAAUGUCCCGGCCACGGCUAGAAAGAGGAAGAGGUAGGGGUUGGGUUGGAACCAGACUCUUGACUGAGCCACACGCCACGCAGCUGCGGCGGCUGACACUCCGCGGCGUUCGCUGGUGGAGCUGGACCCUGCCAGGCCCCCCCACAGGAGGCCGGCGGUAACGAGGCCUUGGGCAAGGCCUUGGGGCUGCCUGGCCCACGGGAAGCGCUGCUGCCUGUGAGCCAGGCUUCUUGUGGUUGUUUAUGGACUUUAUUUCUCAGGACGGUUCCAGAUUUAGCACAGAGGUCCCAUGGGCCCCACACCCCGUGUCCCGUAGGGUGACCCUCUCACAUUUGGGCAGUAGGUUUAUUACAGUUAAUGAACCCCUGUUGAUCCACUGUUACGAACCUAAGUCCGUUUCCUUAGCUUUUACCUCCAGUCCUUGUUCUGCUCCAGGGUCCCAUCCGGGAGGCCACAGUCCGUUUCUUGUCCGUUCUUGUGAUUUGUCACUGGUGACAGCCAUGGCCCCGUUAAUCACCCUGAUCGUCAGGAGGGCCCCGUGAGGGGCUUCCAGUCUGUCUGCUGGCCUGUCACCCCAUCUGUCUGCCCGCUCUCAGGGCAGGGGCAGCAUCUCGACCUCUGGGGUCUGCUUAGGCCCCCCCCCCAAAAGCCCUGUUACCUAACCAGGCCCGCUGCCCACCCCCCAUGGCCCCUGCAGCUUCUGGUGGCCCCAAGGCCUCGGUGCAGGCAGGAGGCCCUGGAGAGCCGGCCUGGACAGGGAGGGGACGACGAGGGACUUGGAACCCGCCCUUCGGCCCCCCUGCAGCCACCUGUACCAGAAGCUUCCCUCCCUUCCACCUCCCAACCAGGAUCACCUGGCUGAGCCCCGCAGAGCCAGCCUCAAGGCCCAGCUGUAAGGUGGGCAGUCAGGGUGAGGGGGCUGCUCUGGGGCAGCCCGUCAGGGUCCCUGGCUGGGAGGGGCCUUCCCUGGCCUUCAGGGCGGGAAUUUCACCAGAGCCCCUGGUGGCCAGGCAGGGCUCCUCCAGGUGGGCGCCCUUUGCCCUCCAAGUUCCCACUUGCCACCUCCCCCAUAUAAGUCCUGGGCCUCACCUGGGCGGGCGGGGGUUUGUGGGGGUUGCUGUGGUUUGCGUGACGGCAGGAGCCUCGGCCGGGGUCUGGGAUUGCCACGUGGCCCUGCUGCUGAUGAGCGCUCUGGGGCUGGGGCGGCAGCUACUCCCCGAGCCUGAUCUCUCCGGCCUGGGGUACAGCUAGGACUGUGGGGUCAAGAGUUUGCAGCUACGAGUGCUCCCCCGGUCAGGCCAGACGGUCCGCUUCAAGGUGGUAGAUGAAUUUGGGAACCGGUUUGAGGUAAACAACUGCUCUGCUUGUUACCACUGGGUCAGCACCAAGCCCCGGGCACCUGCUGUCUUCUCUGUGGGUUACAAAGGCUGCCACGUGCUGGAGAAGGAUGGGCGCUCCCACCUGAGGGUGCUCAUCGAAGCCGUGCUGCCCGAUGGUCGAGUUGAUGCAACACAAGAUGUCACUCUGAUUUGUCCUAAACCUGGCCACGCCUGGACUCACUCCCAUCCGGCACCACCCAUGGGCUUCUCCCUUCCCAGUCCUCAGGCCCAGCCCCUCCGCCCCAUCCCAGAGCACGGCUUUGUCUGUGCAACCCCUGCCUUGCCGUCCCUCGGACCUGGACCCACCACCCAUCCCAGGUUAAACCCCAGUGGGGCACCCUGGAACACCGGGGGGGUGGACGAGCCACCUUACCCAGGUGUGCGUCUGACUCCGGGGCGGUGCCAGGUGUCCUCCAGACCCAUCCCCUGUGGAGUGAGAAGUUCAGAGGAAGCCUGUCUGCAGGCAGGCUGCUGCUUUGACAACGGCGGAGAGAUUCCCUGUUACUAUGGCAACACAGCAACUGUCCAGUGCUUCAGAAAUGGCCACUUUGUCCUGGUGGUGUCCCGAGAAACAGCCUUGGCACAUGGGAUCACACUGGCCAACAUCCACAUGGCCUGUGCCCCCACCAGCUGCUCCCCAGCCCAGGAGACCGGGUCCUUCGUGGUCUUUCGCUGCCCUUUCUCCCCCUGUGGGACCACGGUCCAGGUGGCCGGCAACCAGCUCAUCUAUGAGAAUCAGCUGGUGUCUGACUUCGAGGCGCAAACGGGGCCACAGGGCUCCAUCACGCGGGAUGGCACCUUUGCCCUGCAUGCUCUUGCACCUGACCUCAACACUGGUGAUUUCCUGCCACUCUGGGCGUCCAUCUUCCUGCCGCCCUCGCCAGCCCCCAUGACCCAGUCCGGCCCCCUGCGGCUCCAGCUUCGGAUCGCCAAGGGCAAGGGGUCCCUGGGCCUUCUCUUCCUGCCCGCGUCCCCCCACACAGCCCACCGAGGCUCACGAGCCCCUCUACCCGCAGAUGAGACUUUCUGCUCCUACUACGGGGAGGGGGACUACCCCCUCAUGAGGCUGCUGCGCGAGCCUGUCCCAGUGGGGGUCUGGCUCCUGCAGAGGACAGACCCCAGUCUGGCCCCGCUGCUGCACAGAGCCAGGCCGCCCCCGGCGCCAGCCCCCUCCAGCAGCCUCACUGAGUGGCAGUCGGGGCUCCAGCUGCCCCAGGGGCUCCCCCCACCUGCUGCCCCUAUCCCUCUGCGGCCUCCUUCCUUCCUUCCCAGGUGUCCUUUUGACGGUGACAGCUACAGGUUCCGACUGGUAGCCUUGGAUGGGGCAGAGCUGUCCUUCCCAUCCCACUACCAGCGCUUCAUCGUUGCCACCUUCGCCCUCCUGGACCCUGGCUCCCAGAGGCCCCUCCGGGGCCAGGUUUACUUCUUCUGCAGCGUCUCUGCCUGCUCCCCUUCGGGGCUGGGGACGUGCCCCACUGUGUGCAGCUCUGGGCCUGCGAGACAGCGACGAUCCUACGCUCCCCACAGCAAAGCUGCCAGGCCCCAGAACCUCAUGAGCUCUCCAGGGCCAGUGGGCUUUGAGGAUUCUUCCAGGCAGGAGCCUCUGCCGGGGCCCACAGGCUCCCCCGGGAACGCCAACCCGGGGCCUCUCCUCUGGGUGGUCCUGCUGGUGGCUGUUGCCCUGGUCCUGGGGGUCGGUGUUUUCAUGCGCCUGAGCCGAGCCCAGCGCAGGAGUUCCAGUGAAGGCAACGGAGGGUGACGGGGCUCAAUAAACCGCCGUCUCAGGCCUACUGAGCAUGGGUGGAAAGCUGUUUGUGGCGACUAGAAUGAUUUCAUCUUCGAAGGGUUUUCCUUAGCCUCGUCCUGUCCUUUGAGAAGCGUGGCCUCUUCUACGGGUAGUACGUGCCGCACUCUGGGUAGAGUCCGGUGUCUCCCAAGACUGAACUUGGGAGACUUUGCCUCUCAGCAAGGAGAGCUGGCAUUCCAGAGAAAACCAGGCAAGCUGUUCAGCUGCCCUCGUGGCUCAGGGGAGCCCAGAUUUCCUGAGGCCAAAAGAGCUCUUCAGUCCUGCUCUGAGCCUCCCAGCUUCCCGCUAAAGGAUGCUGGGCUACUGCUCUCAGCACCAGUCCCCCCUUCCCCUCCCUCGCACCCCAGGACUAGGCCCUGCCCUGGUGGGCAGAGCAGCCCGUUGGCCCUGAUGCUGGCUGCCACAGUGGGCACGGCCACCAGACAGGUCAAUUGAUGGGCUGCUGACCUUCGUUUGCCCGUGUAGGACCUGGGCCUUCACCUCGGACUUGGCAGCAAAGACCUUUCCAGACUGACAUGUAGAUCUAGCAGUUGGAAGGGGUGAGAGGUGGGAGUAGGGUUCAGCUUCUGAUGAAGAGAUAGAAUAAUCUGGUAGGGGGGUCAAAAUCUGGCCUUCGACUUUUUCUGAAGGUCUUUGGUAGGCAUGAGCUGCGAGAGGAAGCAGAGGCGCUCAAGUCAGGCCAGUGGCCUUGACACUGGGCAGGGACUCCUCUGCUCUGGCCUACUCCCUCUUUUCCGUCUUUAGGAUACCAGUCAUCCCCUGAGAGUCCCAAGCCAGGCUGCUUCGUUACAACCCUGCUUCUGGCUCUUAACUAGCUGUGUGAUGUUGAGUUACUCAACUUCCCUAGGCCUGUUUCCUCAUCUGUAAAAUGGGGAGAAUACCCAUCCCCACAGGGGUGUUAGAGAAAAUUAACAGCUAAGAAUCUUGGGGCCGCUGGGUGGCUCAGUCGUUAAGCGUCUGCCU